GACAAGCGACGCUAAAGUGCUUUCCAGUGUCGCCAGGAAGCCGCCUUCCCCGCCACGGUUCCCGCCACCCAUAAUCUCGAACACCACCUACGGGAAGACGGACGGAGGAGUGGCACCACUACCCCUUACACCACCACUAACCUCGAGGCACCACUACCCCCUACACCACCACUACCUCCCAAGAACUGUCCAGGGCCAGCUGUUCCCUCUCCAUCACCACCACCACCACCCUGGAGUUCGCGCGUUACGGCUUAUUCAAGUUUUGCUGGAACUGUGGCACUGACCUGACGAGGAGGAGGAGAGCAGUAGUGACAGAACCUCCCUCCGGGCCACACAUCCACCACACCUCACUCCCUCACGCUCCUCCGACACCAGAAGACAUGAAGGCUGCAGAGGCUAACCGCGAGAGGUUUGCCAUCAACAAAUCCUACAGCAUCGAGAAUGGCUACCCAGCAAGGCGUCGCUCCCUGGUGGACGACGCCAGAUUUGAGACGACCAUCAACAAACAGCAAAAGCAGUCUUGGAUAGAGGAAGCCCAGCGACUAUCCUGCGAUGGGGAGCUGAGCGAGGAGGAGGUGUUUCUGGUGCAGAGUCCUUGUGAGCCCGAUGUCCCCCAGCAGGUAGCUCUCGUUGUGGCUCUCGUCGAUGGCAUCACCUCCCUCCCUCGGAUCAUCAAGACCAUAGAGAACUUCAAGGGUCAUGUGGCCCACGUUGAGACACGCCCUGCCCCUCGCAAGGGCGUCGCCUUCGACGUUCUCAUCAAGAUCGACAUCCUGAGGGAGCCCCUUCUGAACCUCCUCAAGAGCCUCCGUCAAGGCUCGGCCAUCGCCUCCGUCAACCUUCUGUCCGAACAUCACUCCUCUAUCAAAGAGGCAUGGUUCCCCAAACACAUCAGUGAGUUGGACAUGUGUAACCACCUAAUGACGAAGUUCGAGCCUGACCUGGACAUGGACCAUCCGGGCUUCGCUGACAAGGAAUACCGCGCCCGGAGGAAGGAGAUAGCUGACAUUGCCUUCACCUACAGAUAUGGUGAUCCCAUUCCGAGGGUGGCGUACCAGCAGGAGGAGAUAGAUACGUGGGGAGCGGUAUUUAAAGAACUGGAGCGUCUCAUCCCAACCCAUGCCUGUCGCCAGUACCGCGAAGUGUGGGAGAUCCUCAAGAGGGACUGUGGGUACACACCAGACCAAAUUCCUCAACUCGAAGACGUCUCCAAAUUCAUGAAACGACGGACGGGGUUCACUCUGCGGCCAGCUGCUGGACUGCUGACGGCGCGAGACUUCCUGGCGUCCCUGGCCUUCAGGGUGUUCCAGUGCACCCAGUAUAUCCGCCACCACUCCUCCCCUCACCAUUCCCCAGAGCCGGACGCCAUUCACGAGCUGCUGGGUCACGCGCCACUGUUAGCAGAGCCAGCCUUCGCCCAGUUCUCUCAAGAGCUGGGCCUGGCGUCCCUUGGUGCCUCUGACCACGAGAUAGAGAAGUUUGCCACGAUGUAUUGGUUCACCGUGGAAUUUGGGCUGUGUCGUGAGAGCGGAGACGUCCGGGCUUGGGGCGCUGGCCUCCUGAGCAGUUUCGGAGAGCUAGCUCAUGCCCUCUCUGACAAGCCCAGUAAGAAGGACUUCGACCCAGCCAUCACCUCCGUCCAGCCCUAUCAGGACCAGGACUACCAGGACCUGUACUUCAUCGCUGACACUGUGGAGGACGCCCAGGAGAAGUUCAGACGCUGGACUUUCCAGACCAUGAGCCGACCUUAUGAGGUACGCUAUGAACCCCACAGUCAGUCCGUCCAGACUUUGGACUCUGUGCACAAGUUGGAAGACCUCACUUCCUCCCUUACUUCUGAGAUCCAGCGACUUAACAAUGCUGUUCGCAAGAUGAAAUUCUAAGUUCAUGAACUCAUUAGGGUAGAUAUAGGAGGUGUGUAGACGAGUGGUUGUUGAAGGCAGGUGAUUGAUGAGGUUAGAUGUUUAAUAGACUAGUGAUUGAUGACGGUAACAGGAAACAGUAAUAUAGACACAAUUUAUACUAGCAGACAGUAUCACUCGAACACAUUGCACCACAUAAAUAAAUCAACAGCAUCCUUUCGAUAAGUCAUGUAAUCUAAAAGUAAAACGACUUUCGGUUAAUUCCAUAAAAAUAUUAACACAAGGAAACCUGCUCCAUAUCAACAACGAAAUACAAUAAGAUAAACACCAAAGCCAUUACCAUAACCUGAUUUGCAAUAAUAACACCAGCUGUAUAACAAACCACAGUACAUAACGACAAACACCACUACAUCAUGACUCACCAUCUUUACGACGAUUCUAACAUUUCUCACAACACUUUGGUAAACUGUACAGCGCCUUACACACCCAAAACACCACUUUCCAUAACUGAUGCGAUGAUUUUAACACAAGAACCACUUUUGGCUUAAUGAUUUAUUGUGAUAACUCAUUGGUCUUCCCAGCAGUGCAUCAUUGUUUAUAACAUGUCAGAAGUCAGUGGCUCUUUAGGGCGAGGCUGGCACGGGGUUACUGACUGAAAGGAAGUCACAGGGGCUUUGGUUUGAUUCCCGCAACAAUGUAACAGUACUUCUGGACUGUACAUGAAGAUUCACAUUCUUUUAUUGCUUAUAUAUUAAUGAUUUUCUUUAUCAGUGAAUUUUCGAAUUUUAGCCACAUGAAAAUACCAUAUGUAAAUGAGUAUAUUAUCAACUAAAGAUAUUAUAGAAAAAUAACUGUGAUGAUGAGGAAAGAAGUAUUAAGCUACAAUUACUUCCCCAAACUAAUUAUUAUAAUAUAUUUUUAUACUAAAUAGGAAUCGUAAUUUUGAGUUUAAUAAUUCCUACUGAUUAUUUUUCUAUAAGCUUAAUGCCCCCCUUUGACCUACUUCAUAAUGACAUGUGGUAAACUAGGUCAAUUUGCUGUCAAGUUAAAGGAAAACAAAAUUACUCGAUAUUAAUGUAACUCACUUAAACCUACGAGUAGUUUUAAUUAAUAUCUAAUAAAAUUAAUAAUAAUAUUGAGUUACAAAACUGAUUCGUGUAAAAUAAUCGUUAGCCAAAUAUGAAGAUCAGCUUCUCUAUAAAACGUGCAAUAUUAUAGGUACACAAAAUUCAAAAUUCUAUAGUGGUACACAGACUAAAGUUCUAUUUUAUUACAAAGAUCGAAAAGCUUUAAUUAUACAGAGGUACAUUAAUAGAAAAAAAAAUAUAUUCAUACACAGACUAAACAUGUUCCUCACUUUACAACAAACAUUCACUUUAUUAAGCUCAAUACAACAGAAAUUUACUCAAUACAGACCAUUACAGAAGAAAUGAAUAAUUGCUCAUGACAGUAAACAUUCACGUGAUAUUGUUCAGUCAGGGAAAAAAAUCACUUGAUACUAUUCACCACAACAGAAAUUCACCUGACACAGCUCAACUCAGCAGAAAAUAAGCCUGACACAGCUUUUCACAAAUACAAAUUAAAUCGACACAACCAAAAUUCACUCAGAGCAGCAAUAAUUUCACUCAUCUCGGAACAAAUUAUUUCUACAAGCCAAAAAUUAACUCAUAAAUGCAAAACAAUCUUCAACUCAAUAAACUGUUCUAUAUAUUUCAACAUCGUGCCCCCUUGAUACAUUACCGGUAGAUACUGUAUGGAAAACUGAGACUGCUUUAGAUAAAUUUGUGUUGUGCCGUCACAAGCGUUGAAAAUACCUGUGAAAUUACGUCUCGAUCAACCAUAUAGUACUGUAAUACUUAAUCCAUAGCAGUGAUGGCAGCAACGGCAGGUGGUGAAUCUUAUGUUCAGAUAAUGCUGAUCAUAAUAUAAACCAUUAUUGACGGUUUUUAUAUGUUGUUGCUUGAUUCGUAAAAUUCUAUUUUAUAUGAUAUAAACACGCUGUCAAAUUACAGAUUAUAUUUUUAAAGAUAUAUAAUUUAUUGGAUAUUAAAUAAUCAUUCUCAUUAAGUGUAACGCAAGAGUAUAUUUAUAUACAGUAUAUAAUAAUAUACGAAUUUGUUAACAACCAAAUGAUCUCUUAUAUUAUUAUAAUACUUAUCAAUAUGAAUUGUGUGGUAAUAAAAUUACCACACAACUCCCACAGUAGAUUAAGAAACUUUGACAAGUUUCAUGACAAGUUUCAUGAAGGAAACUUACAAAAGUAACAUCUUAAUUCUAGUUUUCCUGAACCAGAAGUACUUUGUAUAUUUUUAUGUUAUUUGUUUGCUAUUCUCGAGUAGUGUGUCAAUGUUUCACAAAAACAUUACAGUCGUCGACAGAGAGUAAGUCAACUAACUGGGAGUGUUUUUGUGUUCUUUCACGACUCGUUAGCCUGUGGAAUCUUUCAGCACGAUAAAGUUGUUUAUCUCUUGAUAUUUUACUGUUGAUGACAAUAUACACUCAGUAUGUUCUAACCUCGAAUACAUACUUUAAGAACUUGUUUGUUAAAGUACAAUAAAACCACAUUAUAACAUCAACAUUCACGUUCAAAUCUGAUCGAAAUACCGAACGAAAUAAAAUUCAGAAUGAAAUGCAGAGCUCGAUUCUCGUAACUCAUUUUAAAUAGAAUUUUUGAAGAAAGUUUUAAUAAUUUCUACAAUUUGGGAACUUUGGAGUUUUCUUUUCACUCUUUCUAGUAAGUAUACAAAGCGAUGCAAUGUGUGAAUAUGCAGAGCCUAUUCGAAUCACAAUCUGAUUUAAUAUUUACUUGAAGUUGCAUCUUUGGUCUUCUCUUCUGUGUUAGAGGAUAGAUGAUGGCUAGGCUUCCCGUAUUAGAUUACAGUCUCACUUAUCCUAAAUCCUGUCGUAGGUAUGGGUUACACGUAGCCUAUCUGAAAUCCUAAUAUAGAUGUGGAUUAAACAUAUCUUAAAUCCUGUCGUAGGUUGUGGAUUACACUAACCUGUAUCCUAAUUCCAGACAUAGGGAGGGAAUUACACGUAUGUUAAAUCCUAUGGUAGUUGUUGAUUAUACUUAUAAUUAUUUAUUUUGGUAUCGUAGUAGAUUAAACAUACAGUACCUAAAAUCCUGACGUAAAUCUGGAUUCCACUAUAUCGAAAUCCUGACGCAGCUAUGGAUUACACACCAUAAAAAAUCCUGAAAUAAACGUGCAAUUAUAUUUAUUAACGUGAGAUGAUUAUUAUUGACUUAUUUUUGUGUGUUAUAAAUUAAGAGUUGCUGAAUAGGGUUCGUCAUGAUUAUAAUUAAUCUAUAUAAUAUUUUGAGUAAAUUUAUAUAACGUGAAAUUACAUUGUUUAUUUAACAAACAUAAUUAAAGUGUUUGUGAUAUACUGAUUCCUUUUAUACGUUGAUAGUUUAUGAAAUAUUAUUAUUGAUAAUCAUGGUUACUUGGAUGCUGAUAUAAUCGUAUAUAAAAAGUAACUUAGGGAAAGUAACCUGUAGGAGAGUAACCUUUAGAGAAAGUAACCCAUUGGGAGAUUAACCCUUAGGGAAAGUAACCUAAAGAGAAAGUAAUCCAUAGGGAAAGUAACCCAUAGGAAAAGUAACCCAUAGUAAAAGUAAUCCAUAGAGAAAGUAACCAUAGGGAAAGUAACAUUGGGGAAAGUAACCUAUAGAGAAAGUAACCAAUAGGGAAAGUAACCAAUAAAGAAAGUAGCCCAUGGAAAAAGUAACUCAUAGGGAAAGAAACUCAUAGGAAAAGUAACCCAUAUAGAAAGUACCGUUUAGGUAGAAUGAGUCUGUGGAAAGUAGUCCUGACAAAAUGAGCAUCUGAGAAGUAAUCCACAAGGAAAGUUGCUUCAAUGGAAAGUAACUCCCAGGGAAAGCAAUUCGUAGGGAAAAUUAGCCCUAAGGAAAGUUACUCCUAGGAAAGAUAAUUCAUCUGGAAUGUAAUCCCUAACUGUUAGGGAAAAUAACUCAGGGGCAGUAGCCAGGGAAAGUGACUCUUAAGUCAAGGAGUCCUAUGGAAAAGCGUUACUAGAGAAAGUGAGACUGGAGGUAUAUUUUAGGGGAAUUAAGUAGUAGGGAAAGUGGCACUCAAGGGAAAGUAAUUUUGAUAUAGUAAUUCCCAGGGAAAAUUAUUCGUAGGGGAAGUAGCAAUGCCAGGAAAAGUGACAUGGACAGUAACUCUAAAUGAAAAUGACAAAGAAAGUAAUCCAAGUAACUCCAGAGAAAGUAGUUUUAGAGAAACUCACUAAUUAUGAACAUAACUCGUAAGAUAAUCCCCUGGAAAAUAACGUACAGAAGUAACCCUGAGAGAGAGUAACUCGUGGGGAAAGUAUCUCCCGAGGAAAGUAUAUAACUCGUAGGGAAAGUAUACCCCUGGGAAAGUAAAUCGUAGAGAAAGUAUCUUCUAAGACCUAGAGAAAGUAACUAAGAGCUCUUGAAAGAACCUGCUCUUAAAGACCUCUAGGAUAUUUGGAAAAAUAAUAUCUUCUUAUCCUCUUGUUUACUAAGAAUUAUAGUGCCCCUUAACAUGGAAAAAAGCUCUCUUGAAUGCUAGGAAAAUUGAUGCUCCAACAUGGUUAAUUGUCCUCUCGUUUGCUAGGAAAACUGAUGCCCCAACAUGGAUAAUUGCCCUCUCGUUUGCUAGGAAAAUCCAUCCUUGGCAUAUCAUGAUAAGAGUACUGUACUGACCUGUUAGAUAUUAAGAUAACCAAUUUGAGAGGAUGCAAGAAGUUGAUCUUUUUAUCAGAGAACUGAACUUUUUAUGCCUAAGAAAUCAAGGUGAAAUGUUGACCUAAUAACUAGGAAAAAAAUUACCUUUAAAUAGCACACAGUGACUUACUAGAAAAACUGACCUCUAUAUUUAGGAAAGUGAUCAUAAUAAAGAAAGGAAUAUUCUGUACAGUGUAGUGACCAUGAAAAUUUACCUCUGUCGUGUAGAAAAGAUAACAUUUAAUAUACUAGAUCCUGACACCAAUAAUAAAAAUAUAUAACCUGUACGUAUUUAAGAAAGUGACCAAAAAUAAAAAUGACCUCAAAUGAUGACCUGUGAUAAGACUCUGACCCUAACAAUAAUGGAGAUGCUUUGGUGAAUGACUCAGUAUCUGUAGUAUAUAAUAAUAUGUAUGGAUGUGAUGUAGUGGUGCAAAUGGAAGGUUCAAUCUUAAAAUGGUAAAGGUAGAAGAAAAAAAAACUAUUUACAAACACACACACACACACACAUUGAAGUUAGUGUACAUUAGCUAGAUUGAUAAAAAUAUGUAGCUAAUUUGAAAUGCAUUUGUUUAGCUGACCCCUACACUGUCUAGGCCUAUAUCUAAACCUCCACUAAGAAAAAAAUAUGUGUAUAAAAAUAUUCCUCAUAUGUAGUCUUGUUGUUUAAGAAUGUAUACUGGAAGAUGUUGUAUGACACUGAGGCAUACUGUAUGAUAGACUUACACUGGAUCUCACAAUAUAUAACAGCAUGCUAUAUCAGUAUUUGUGACAAGAUUCUCAAUGUUGGUCUGAGUAGCCUAGUUGUCAUCUAUGUACUGAGGUGAAUCACUACAUAUGAAAGCUGCUUCCUUCCCAGGUUACUUGUGGAUCACCAUUGGAAAUUGUGUCGCUGUUCACAUGUAUGUUGAUAGCUAGUCAAACUGUUGUACUAAUGUUUGUAAGCUGCCCAAAGUAUUUAUAGCGUGCCCAUUGUUACAUAGAGUAUAAUUUGGAUUAAAAAAGAGUAUAUUAUUUUUAAUUGUAAUAUGUCAGUAAUUUAAGAAGCUGACAGUGGCGGGAUUAAUUAGAUAUGUUUAGGUUAAUAUAUGAUGAGACGACGGCAAAUUACUGUACUGUAUCCUGAUAAUCUACAGUGCUAGAGACCAUUAUGUGUACAGGUGUUGAGUAUACUGUACGUCUUCUAGCGAGUGUGUAGUAUUAGCUUCCUGCUGUGUGAGUACAAGCAACUACCUAGUCAUUAUAUCCAAUAUGUCAAGACAUCUCGUUGCGGUAUAGAUACAUUUGUUGCUAUAGCGGA